AUGAGCAUCACCGACGAUAGUACGCCGCCUCGGCCGGGGUUCCAGCAGGCCGAACGCGUGCGCAUUGCCGACCUCACGCCCGGAUCCGAAUCUCCUCAGUCCUAUGUCGAGGCGCAGAUAGCCUUAGUCUGGCCCUACUCCAGCUUGACGCGUCAGUUCGCGUUUCUGCUCUCGGAAGCCGAUGCGCGACCCUACAAAGCCGGCCGGCAGCUCAAGGUCACCCUUCACGACGGCGCCGCGAGAGCUGUUCAGGCGACCAAGGUAGGAAUAGGCGAUACAAUUAAAUUACUUCUACAAGACUGUGUCUGGCAAGACUCAGAGGAUCCUGCAUCCACACCAGGCAAAAGAGUUCGGUGGGACUUGACGUACCGCGAAGCAGUUAGACUCGAAGUUCUUGGGGGUGCCUCUCAGAAGUCCCAUACCGUUCAGUACAAACGUUCAGAUACACCCAGUCCUCGGUGGAGUCCUGUUGCAAAUGGCGUCGUCCAGAUCGCUACGCCACCACCGGAGCCGUUCAGCCUGCACACACCCUUCAAGUCAACCACUUCCCACCGUACCAGUGCUUUUUACACUCAUGUUGCAACUCCCCAUGACCCUUUCUCGGAAGACAUCGAGCUAGAGUCUGGAAGAAGUCGGAAGCGUACCAAAUUCGCUCGUCCGAGCGGCUCAUGGAGAUUUCUCGAUAAUGCUGAGGAAGACGCCCAGCGUGUACCGUCUUCCCCAGUUCAGCUCGACCAAGAAGCUGGAUCCACAAACACACAAGGGCGGCAGGUCCAAGUCACGACAGACGCUGUCCCCAUCGUGCCUUCUGAGCAGCAGACGUUGGCAACGCCUGAAGACAAUAUCAGUCCUCCCGAACUGGAUCCCAGCACCAAUGCCUUGACAUCUACUGCUACCCUUAUGGGCCCUCCGAAGGUUCCUGCACCAGCACCGCAGGAUAUGCAAUUAGAACGUUCCUCCAGGGGCGACUUUCAUGGAGAUGAUGAAGCUACAACUCCACGGCUGCAUCCGCUCGCAUCUCCCGGCCUACCCUUAGUCUCACCCUUGGUCAAAGUUUUCGGAACGGAGCUUGGGUAUUUCCCAGACAUGUCGGAUCGAGGCUCCGAAUUAGAUGCUAUUAGCCACCCAGCAACCGAUGCAGGCACACCGACGCCUAUGUCUGAUGAUCCAGUGAGAUCCAUUGACUCGUUGCCAAACGUGGAGGCACACGAGACAAUUCUGCCAUCACUGGUAGAUAGUAACGCGACACUUCCGCCUGCUGGAGGUCCUCAAGGGCCACUCUUAAUUGAUGAUGAGGAAGACGACACAUCCGCCCAGUCAGACAUUGCAGAUGCUCCUAGAUCUCCAGCAAAAACGGCAUCCAGAGCGCAUGAAACCGAAGACACAGCGCCGGUGCCUUCCGCACCAGUCGACGACAAGGAUAUGCCUGAGAUCAAGGAUGCAAUCACUGUUCUCGACGAGUUCUUGCAGAUGUCUCCUGUUGUUGAGGCGCAUACCUCGGACCAAAGCCGUGAGACCGAUACAAGGCUUGCAGAUGAUUCUGGACCAAGUCUCAUUGCUCGCAACGAAAGCUCUGUCGAAAUAAAGGCAAGUGAUGUGCCCAACGAGAAUCUGUUGACAGCGCAAGCUACUACAUCAACCGUGACAGCGGGUGAGGGCGGAAAGCAGCAUGAUCUGCCAGCUCGAUACUCACCCAUCAGAGCAGUGGAUGGCACUUCGGAAUUUCGAGGGCUUGUUGUUCCAGAACACACUCGUUCGCUGCAAGGUAUCACGGAGCAACGAGAUGCGGAUCUGCGCAACGUAUCCCCGCAACCCGAUAAAGAGACUGUGAACAUCGCUGCGGACAAACUUCUCACCUCGACCCAAGUUGCCGCAAGCACAAACAUUGCGUCUUCUGACGGGAAUUUGCAUGUCAACUCCCAGGAGGAAGACAUAGGCGAACGAACUGGCACUCCACAAAAAUCUUUCGAGACUCAAGCCGCCGAUGUGCAUCUGAUAACCCCCAUGCAGACUCAAGAAAGACCAGACAUCGCCAUACGUGAUGAGAAACGGGCCGAGGCUAUCAUUGACAUAGGUUUGCUGAGUCCCGUCGCAACACAAACAGCUGAGGCAGUGGCGUUGAAUCAACCAUCAUCUCCAGUCGAAGGGAAAGCUACUCCAAAGGCCAUAGAGCGAGAGGGACCUUUGACGCCGACAAUGACAUCUUCAAGCUCCCGCCGAGUCUCCCAGCGACUGACUAGAAAGUCGGAGGUGCCCCAUCUGAUCGAUAGCCCAUUCUUCACAAAACGCAAGACCACUCCGCAGGAUCUAGCUGCAAUUACGGAAACUGCGACCGAACACGGCACACAGUCACAGGUAUCGCCAGAGUCGCAGCACGUGCAAACUGACAGCUCUUCGUCGCUAAAAGGCAAAAAAGCAGCUGUGCCUUCGGCAACGAGCACGGCGCUGGCAUACUACCCUUCACUUGCCUCGCUCAACGAAUACUACGGCCAGGCGGUGGACAUCAUAGCCGUUUGCACCGAUUCCACCUCAAAACCGGCUCAGGCGAAAAGUGGUCCUCGAGAUUGGCAUGUUUCGUUCCGGAUCAUCGAUGCGGGUGCCCAGUCCGAAGAUCCGAAAGUUGCAGUCCAGAUAUUCAGGCCCUACAGGUCUGCGCUACCUGCCGCGCAUCCAGGAGAUGUGGUCAUUCUGCGUAGCUUCAAAGUCCAAACGGUCAAGCAUAGGUGGACACUUCUGAGUACCGAUGCCUCUGCGUGGGCUGUCUUCAAGUCCAAUGUCGAGUCGAGGUCAAUGUUUGACAAAGUCGUGAUGACCGGUCCAGAGUUAGAAUAUGGCCGAGGCGAGAUCGCGCAGGUCAAGCAUCUGUUACAAUGGUGGUCAGCAGAAGGUCAAGCACGUUACUCAACAUCCAGUCCAGCUGAGGCUAUAAAGUCAAAUCAGAGGACUCCAUCAAACAUCGACACUGCUCUGCGAGAAGAAGAAGAAGAUGCACCUGUCUUGCAAAGUGUAGAACUACCCAUCUCACCACGCCGAUCUCGCCGACUUCAGCACGACGAGCCCGAUACAGCCGGCCAGACCACCGCACCUCCCACGCGAGACACCGCUCGGACAGCCACACCCCAGCCAACCCGGCAUCAGCCGCCUCGUCGGGCCCGCACUAAGACUCCAAAUGCUGCGGAAACCCAGCCUCUCGCGCCUCCCAUGGUCGUCCCGGGUCCAGCUUCUGACACAUCGUCCGUUGCACCUUCCUCGCCAACACAAACUCGCCGUCCUCGCACCCGCAGCACGCUUUCACCCAACAUAAGCUUCAGUGCUGCUGGCUCGGCCUCCGUCGCCUCGUCUGUAGCCGCCCACUCGCCGACGUCACCAACAUUCCCGCCCUCGGCGCCUUCCGGAAAAGCAAAAGGCAAGACUAAAGCGCGGGGAAAGGGCAAGGCGAAGGAAGCGACGCCGCCGCUGGCGCACGUGGAUGAGGAAGAGUCAGGGGUAGCUGUAUCUGAACCAGACGAGCAGCAGCAGCAGCCGCCGCCACCGACACCAGCGAAGCGCAGCGCCAGGCUAAGCAGGGGCUCUAGGGUACUGAGUCCCCGGCUGGUGCAUGAGUUGCGGGAUGGGAUGCGGUACGUGGACGAGAAGGUGGGGGUGGAGGAAUGGUCGAAGCGGGUCACGAGGAGUCAGGUGCAUGAGUUGCGGGAUGGGAAUCGGUAUGUCGAUGUGGAUGAGGGUGCGAAAUAG